AUGUUCAUGAGAUCUUCUUCUUCGGCAUCAUGGACAGGAAAGCCCUCCGUUGUUGGACAGAACAAGUUUGCUGCUGCAGGGCCUCCAAAGGAUCAAGUUAAGGAUAAGAUAACAGUGCCUCCAGCUGCCCAUGCGCCUGCGCCUACAGUUGGGGUUGUACCUGCACCUGAACCCGCACAGCCCCAGAAGAAUCAGGAAACAAAACAGCCACAAGAGAAAGAAAAAAAGAAAAGGAAGAAGAAGGUACCACCGACUCUCUUUGAAUUUGAUGAUCCGGAUCUAAUUGUCAAGGCUAAACCUCAGCCCAAGAGCAAUUCGCCAAAGAAACAACAACAACAAUCAAACCCAUCAGCGCCAUCACCGGUCCCAGUAGUACCAGUUGUUCCAGCUCGACCAAAGCCUCAACACAACUGGAAAGAAGGCGAGGAUGUGGAAGAGACUCAGGUUGAAGUUGAUUUUGAUUCUAAUCUUUCUGGCUCUGAUGAUGAUGAUCAUGACAGGAUGGAUCACUUGGAUGACGAUGUAGUGCUUGAUACCACAGGUAGUGACCUCUUGCUUGAAUCUGAGAAAGUACAAAAACAGGUUCCAAUCGAUGGCGGCAAUGACAUCGGCGGUGGAACUGAUAGUGGGCAUCCUAAAGCCAAUUCUCCGUUGUGGGAAGCUCGCAAAAACAAAGUUAAGGAGGCGUUUUUACAUUCAUGGAAUGCAUAUCGUCGGGACGCAUGGGGAAAGGAUGAAUACCACCCAAUUUCCAAGUAUGGGUCCAAUAUGAUCCGGAAGGGACAGGGGUUCACGAUUGUUGAUUCUUUGGACACGAUCCUGUUGAUGGGUCUGGACAGUGAAUUCCAGGAAGCAAAGGCAUGGGUUCAAGAUGAGCUAGAUUUCGAUCAGGAUGGAGAGGUCAACUUGUUUGAGACAACGAUUCGGGUCCUUGGAGGGCUCUUGAGCGCAUACAAUCAAUCGAGCCAUGACGAUGUAUUCUUGGAUAAGGCUGUGGAUUUAGCUGAUCGAUUGAUGGGCGCGUUCGAGACUACAAGUGGGAUUCCCUAUGCGAGCGUCCAUUUGAGAGAUAGACGCGGUGUGCCUAGUCAUGAUCGAGGAAUAAGCUCCACCUCUGAAGUAGCGACACUGCAGUUGGAAUUCAAGUAUUUAUCUUAUUUAACGGGCGAUGAAAAGUAUUGGAAAGCAGUUGAGAACGUGGAACUCAAGAUCAAAGAGCAGGAGAGCUUGGAUGGGUUAGUGCCCAUCUAUAUCAAUCCUUAUACGGGACAUUUCCAAGGUGGAGAGAUCCGUCUUGGCUCUCGAGGCGACAGUUACUAUGAAUAUCUGAUUAAGCAAUAUUUGCAGACUGGCAAACAGGAGCAUCUUUACAAGGAAAUGUAUGACCAUGCGAUCGCUGGUGUCAAGAAACAUCUUCUUGGGCGUACUAUACCUAAUAAUCUUCUCUUUGUUGGAGAGAUUUCGAAAUAUGAGCCUGCAAACCUCUCGCCCAAGAUGGAUCAUCUUGUCUGUUUCUUGGGAGGCACGAUGGCUUUGGCAUCUACGGAAGGUCAUCCUUUGGAUAAUAGCGGAGCUUUUGCUCGUUCCAAGUUCACAAAGUUGCAAGAGGAUGACUUUAAGAUUGGAGAAGACCUGACAGAAUCUUGUUACAAGAUGUACCGGCAAACAGAGACAGGAUUGGCUCCAGAAAUCGUUUAUUGGGUCCAGCGAGAAGAGCAGAUCAGGGGCAAGACAGAAUUGCAACAUAGACCAGGCUCAGAUUUUAUUAUCAAUGAUCGUGAUGGGCAUAAUUGGCUUCGCCCAGAGACUGUUGAGAGUUUGUUCUACCUCUGGCGCUUGACUGGCGAUGAGAAAUAUCGCCAAUGGGGCUGGAAUAUUUUCGAGUCUAUUGAAAAAUACAGUAAGGUUUCUUCUGGAGGGUAUAGUUCAAUUCACGAUAUUCGUCGUGCUGACAACAUUGUAUUCUCGGACAAGAUGGAAACCUUCUUCUUGGCAGAGACGCUCAAGUACUUUUAUCUUCUCUUCGGUUCGAACGAUGUGUUACCUCUGGAAAAGUAUGUCUUUAAUACAGAGGCCCAUCCACUGCCAGUUUUCACACCACCUAAAGAAUGGAUAACCCGUACAACUGGAGGUGUCUCUAGCGGUCCUAGCACUUCCUCUACCGCCCCUAGUGCCGACAACAGCAUCAGCAAUAGCAAUAGCAACGAUAAAAUCAGCAAUGAUCAAAAGGGAAAUGAAGAAUUGAACGAUCAAGAAAAGCGAUAUAAGGACUUGAUUGAUCAACAAGAUGGACUGGAGAAUGCGGAGGAUAUGGAUGACGAUGAGGAAUCGAGAGAUGAGAAAGUCAAGGCUGGGGAUGAUGAUACAGGUGUGGACGGUAAUCUGUCACCCCCCGAGCACUAUGAUGGAGAUGAGACUGAGAUCGAAAGGGAUGAAAUUGAUCAAGGGCUGGAGAGUCUUCCUGUGGAUGAAAACAGUGAAGGAGAAGUUUCUGAGGACGAUGUUCCAGAAGUUGAAGUGGAUUUUGAAGAAAAUGGUGAAGAUGACCAGGACGAGAACGAGGAGGAGGAGGAAGAGGAAGAUAUCGAUGCACCAUUAGGAGCAGAAGGCGAGGAAGACGACGAUGACGAAAGUGUAGAGUACAUCCAGAACGGUGGCGCAAGCGAGGACAAUGACCAUGACCUCUUGUAG